UGUUGUUUACGUUCAGCAGAAUAAGUAGAGCAGUCGACAUCUUUGAAAGCCAACCAGUUCUUGUACAUUUUUGUGCUUUUUGAGUCUAAAAGAAAUAAUUCCACUUAACCUUUUCAGACAUUUUACGGUAUAGAGGACCAUUUGAGCGUUUUUGGAUUUGACUUGUUUUGCGUUUUUUUGUGUGAAUUAAAGAUGAGCAGUCAGUACCAGCGAACAGUACCACUAGAGGUGAGGAGAGCAGAGGGUGAGAGAGUCCGGGCCAAGCAUCCUGACAAGAUACCGAUCAUUGUAGAGAGAGCCCCGAGGUCACGAGCUCCUGAAUUGGACAAAAAGAAAUACUUAGUGCCCUCUGAUUUAACAGUUGGACAGUUGUGCUUCUUGAUCCGUCAGCGUGUGUCUCUUAGACCGGAGGAGGCGCUCUUCUUCUUCGUCAACAACUCUCUUCCCCCAUCUAGCUUCCCUCUGUCUGCUGUGUAUGAGGAGCAUCAUGAAGAAGACCUGUUUCUCUACAUGACCUACAGUAAUGAGAGUGUGUACGGGGCCUGAGGGACAACAAACGUCUGGAGAAAGACUCAGAGAGAGAAUGAGAGGAGACAAAGUGAGAUGGGAAUAAAGACUCAAGGCUGUUUGUAAUGCUUCGCACUACUUUAAUUCUCUAUAUUAGUUUGUAUAUGUAACUACAGCACAUGGUGGAAGAAAAACAUGGCUAAACCAGAAAUGGGUGCUGCUAGGGUUUUACCUCUGACAGUAUUUUCAAAUGAGCAUGAUGCAUUUUAGAACACUUGUUUAUUAUUUACUUGGUGAAGGAGAGGCUUUAAUUAAAGAAUGAACGCAUUAUACAAGGAUGUUAUUGAAAUUCUGUUAAGAAAACUCUCAUUAUCUUUCUCAGUCAUCUGUAUUUAAUGCAAAUAGUAUUUUUGUUUUUGUAAAUUAUCAUAAACUUUUGUGGAAAAUAAAGAAACUGAAAAUAA